GGGAGGGUUGGGUGGAGAGGAAGAAAGAGAGAGGAAAAAGCUGGUCUGCAGAGGUUUGGAGUUCCACUGUCUUGCUGAUUUCUCUAACAGGACUUUUUUCUACAGACACUGGCAAUUGACAUUACUACAGACAAGCUGGCUAGGAAAGAAAACGCUAUAUCCUGAGUGAAGGAGGGAGUGGGGGGGGAGGACAAAGCAAGAUUUUUUUUUUAUCUCUCUCUAUAUUUUGUUUUUGUUUUUUAUUCUUGCCGUGUUGGACCUAGUGAGCAGUAGAAGGCAAGGAAGUCUCGAAAGCCUCAUCAGUCAUCAGUACUGUCAGGAAUAGUGGUUUCAGAGGAAGAAAGGCCUGGGGCACUACACCCUGUCAACGAGUUCCCUGCAUCGGAGAUAAAGAUUCCAGCUACAUGGGCAAACGCUUGGAUCAGCAACCAAUGUACCCUCAGUACACUUACUACUACCCUCAUUAUCUCCAAACCAAGCAGUCCUAUGCACCAGCUCCCCACCCCAUGGCUCCUCCCAGCCCCAGCACAAACAGCAGCAACAACAGCAGCAACAACAGCAGUGGGGAACAGUUGAGUAAAACCAAUCUGUACAUUCGAGGCCUUCCACCUGGCACCACUGACCAAGAUCUCAUCAAGCUAUGUCAGCCGUAUGGGAAAAUUGUAUCCACAAAGGCAAUUCUUGACAAAAACACAAAUCAGUGCAAAGGCUAUGGUUUUGUAGAUUUUGACAGUCCAGCAGCAGCACAGAAAGCAGUAGCAUCUCUUAAAGCAAAUGGUGUGCAGGCCCAGAUGGCAAAGCAACAAGAGCAAGACCCAACUAACCUAUACAUCUCAAAUUUACCCAUUUCCAUGGACGAGCAGGAAUUGGAGAAUAUGCUGAAACCCUUCGGACAUGUCAUUUCCACCAGAAUAUUAAGAGAUGCUAAUGGAGUCAGCAGGGGAGUUGGCUUUGCAAGAAUGGAGUCUACAGAAAAAUGUGAAGUAGUAAUUCAACAUUUUAAUGGCAAAUAUCUAAAAACUCCACCUGGUGUACCAGCCCCCACUGAGCCUUUGCUGUGCAAAUUUGCUGAUGGAGGGCAAAAGAAGCGACAGAAUCAAAGCAAAUACACACAGAAUGGAAGGCCGUGGCCAAGAGAUGGAGAGGCUGGCAUGGCUUUGACCUAUGAUCCAACAGCUGCUAUACAGAAUGGAUUUUAUUCCUCACCGUACAGUAUUGCAACAAACCGCAUGAUUCCACAGACAUCUAUCACGCCAUUCAUUGCUGCUUCCCCUGUCUCUACAUAUCAGGUCCAGAGUACUUCGUGGAUGCCUCAUCCGCCGUAUGUUAUGCAACCAACAGGUGCUGUGAUAACACCAACAAUGGACCACACCAUGUCAAUACAGCCAGCAAGCAUGAUGGGCCCUCUGACCCAACAGAUGAAUCACCUUUCUUUGGGCACAACAGGAACGUAUAUGACUGCUGCUGCACCUAUGCAAGGGACCUACAUUCCCCAGUACACUCCUGUGCCUGCAACAGCUGUCCCUAUCGAAGGCGUCGUUCCUGACACUUCUCCGCAGACUGUAGCAUCUUCAUCACAGGAAGCCACUGGUCAACAGCAACAGAUGACAGUGGAAACAUCCAGUGAACAUGCACCUGCAUAUUCUUACCAACAGUCUAAACAAUAAACAGGACUGAAGAAUGUCGGUCUCAAAUCUUUGCCUUGAAUGGAGAAACUUCAUUGAACAAGAAGUUGGCUUCCAGUUUGCACAGGCGUCAAAUGAAUGCUUUUUUUUUUAAUUUUCUACUUUCCCAACGAAAACACAACUGUGUUUUUAUGUGCUGUGCAAAUGGUUCCGUCAUGUAGUCUGACAGUUUUAUUUUUUGCUAUAUUUUUUUAAUUAAAGAAAAGACCCAGAGGAAAGACACUGGGUUGACAUUUCAUCUGGAUGAACAUUUGAAUUCAGAAUUUACCUGUAGCUGUAACUAGAUUUUUUUUUAAAUUGAGGCUGUCAAGAGGGAGCAAGCUGACGAGAAAACUAAUUGUCUUCCUCAAAAAUUAAGCUACUUUUUUCUCUUAAUUUUUUUUUCUUCUUGUUUUAAAUCUAGUGUGGUUUUGGAUUUUUUUUUAAAGAAAUGUUUAGGUAAGGUUUAUCUUGAAUCUUAAUUGCCUUAAUUUUAAGGACGUCAGAGGCUCUCAAGGCAAGCUGUCAAUGUCUUGUUAGAAAAACCGAAAAUGUAUUGAAACUUUCUCACACUGGUUUCAGCUGGUGCAGAAGUUUAACAGACUGAGAUUUUUGGAGGUGAACAACAAAAAACUGUACAGUUUAAAAAGAAAAUGCUUUUCUUCUUUUGGAGAAAACUUGUUGAUAAAGGAACUGUGGCAACUGUAAGGAUUGGAAAAAUGCUGGAACUUUUAUGAACUUUGUCUUAAGUGUUGAAAGAAAAAAUUCUAGAAGGCUAAAGCAUUUUACAGUAAAGUUAUUAAAUUGAGAAAAAAAUGACUGCAUUAUAAAGAAUGCAGGGGUUUUUUUCUUGCAGAAUGCAGAUUUUUUUUAUUUACAAAGCGUGAUCGCUAGCAAAAGCAUUAGUGCUUUUUAUCUGCAGUCUUUUUUAUGAGCUUUAAGAAGUUUUUAGUCUGCUUUGCUUGUCACAUUGCAAAAACCUAGCUUAAGAGCAUUUAAAAAAACUUAAGUAGAUAGGAGCUUAUGGUCAAAAAAGUGCAAAAAAGCAAUAGAUAGAAGAAAUUGUUGACAAUUUCUGUAGUCUUUCCUAGUUGUGAUCAAAUGCAGCCUAUGGAUGGCCUAUUUUAUACCAAAGAUGAAGUGACACCCUAACACAGUCCAGACAUAGAGGUUGUUUUUUUUUUUUCUUCUUUUUUAUCUUUAUUUGACCUACAUGGCCGGACCAGUUCUUACUUUCUAGUUUGUUUAAACUAUCUUCCACUGGUUUUUUACUUACUGCAUAUGCUUAUAAUGAUGAUUUCACAGCAGUUGGUACUAGAAAUUUGUACCUCCUGUGUUUUGGAUCAUUUCCGAGUAGGAGGAGAUCUGUGUUACCAACUAUUCAGAUGGGCUUUAAUUUUUAUGAGUUUUCUUUUACAUUGCCUGGUCUUUUGUAUUUCUACAGAAACUACAGUCUUCCUUCUGAAUUCCAACAUCCUACACUAAGUUCAUUUCCUCACCUCAGUCUUUGUCAUCUUGCAGCAUGCAUAGCCACCUUGAUUCUGUGUUUGUUUUUCAGCAAUGCAUUUGAGUCAUCUAGUAGAUUCCAGAGAAAGCAAACUUAAUGUCUGUUCUCAUUUUAGUUUUCCCGUGCAAGCAAAAAGUUUAAAAUUACUCAUGAUAGCGUGCUUAUGAAGGCAGGUGGUUGAAAAUUAAUUUUUUUCACCUCUGAUUUCUGUUGUCUUAAUAUGUUGGCUGACAAUCACGAAUUGGUACGAUUAGACAAAAGACAAUAGUAAGUAAAUUGAGUCAGUUGAAAUCUAUUUUAGAAAUUACAACUAUUGCACAGGGAAAUCCUGGUUAAAAUCCUUGUUUUUUUCCAAACAAACAAGGGGAGAACUAAGUCAGAACAAGAUGACUUUUUUUUCGUAAGAAGGCAGAAAGAUCAAAGAAAAGCAGCAUAUUCAUAUAAUCUAAACCAAACAAUUGAAAACUUUCAUCCAUCAAAGAAAAAAGGGGACACUUCACCACAUUCACUGUGGUACAUUAGAAACAGGGUAUCCAUUACAAACAAAAAAGGCAUAUUUAUAUUGGACCAACCUGAGUUAGCCACCCUGACUAAAUAAUAUCUGGGAUUCCUUUAACUAUUUUUUUAAAUUACGUGGUUGGUUUUUUUUUUUAAAUUUCUAAACCAGUUACUUAUAUUUUAAUGUAGUGGGGUGUGAGAAGAGGUGGGUUACCCAAGGAAAUGGCUGCUAAAGAUGCAACAUGUAAAAGAGAGAGAUUACAUCUUGUCUGGUUAGCUGCCAUAGCUACAGGUCCUGGUUUUCAGAUGGGCUCCUAGUUCCUGUUGACUCCGUAUAGAGUUCGGUUACAGGACUUUUUGAAAUCAGGCCCACACUAACGUAUGUGUGUGGGGGGGAGAGAAAAUAAUGUUUCCAUCUUACAAAAAGACCUCUAGCUUUUUCCUUUCUCUUCCACAUGCUUCCUCAUUGCUGUUUACUUUUUUGUGGAUGACAGUCAAGUUUUGUCCUUGGAAAAGGUAUGGGAAAAAUCAAACUAGCUUUAUUUUCUUCUUUUUUACACCCUGUGUGUGAACUCUUUAUAGAAAUAGAGAUCCCUAGGCACCAUUAAGUUGAAUAUGAAAUAAAUACUUGUUGUUCUGCAUCUGUAUAAAACCUAAUGCAACACACAAAAAGGUCUCAUUUACUAUCAUACAAUGAGGCUACAAGGUAGCUACCAUGUGGCUGAUGAAUAUGCUGAGGUACCUUCCGGUUUCUAUUCAGAACAGUUCUGCUCUACUUAUACAUUCAGAAACAUUUUUUUAGUAUUUUGAGCAAAUAAAGUAAACCAAUCCCCCUACUUUAUUAGUCCAUCAGGCAGCGAGAUAUCAGGAGGCCUGUCACUUUAAACUGUAUUAAGUACAUUCUGUUUUAGAAUUGUUUUAACUUUUUGCCAUGCUUCAACAUUUAAUAUGGUUUUAAAAAAAAGAAGAAAAGUCAGAGUCCUAUAAAUCCAAUUAAUCAUUUUAUUUUAUUGAUCCCUAUAUUGUUUAAUUGGAACUUUAAAAAAUAGCUCAUGAGUGAGAAACUGUUAUGUAUCAGCAGGUAAGGUAUAACAUAUUCCAAAUACAGAAAAUGCUGUGAGGGGAAUCAUUAUUUGCAAAAAUCAAAGAUUAAGUAAAAUAAUACAGAUGACUACAGCACACCUAUCUGCCCUUUGGAUAUCAUCCCAACAGAGAUACCCAACUGCUUCAAAAAAUUGAAGCUGAUUUCCUUUAUGUUCUGGCUGACAAGGUUCUUAGUGGCUUGUUUUUUAGGUGCUAAAUUAGUACAUUCAGCAUCUUUGUCAUGCCAAUUUAGCCUUAAAUAUCAGGAGUGUUCCUGAAAGGUUGCAGAAACUACUCCAGAAGUCUAAGGCAAUGGUGCCUAACCCAUGUGUCUGGAAAUAAAAUAAAAUCCAUAAGCUGAACUGCUUUCCAUCACAUACAAACUCUUGUAAAUAGUCAAACUGAAGACAUUUUUUUCCUUUUCAAAUAAAUGAAAAUGAGAGGUGUCAGAAAUAUGCUGGGAAAUUAGGAAUACAUAGAUGUCUGAAAGAUGAUUGGUAUGAUGGAACUGAACAGUAUAAUAUAUUGUAUUAGGAGGUGCUAGUGACAUAUUAAGAGCCUAUUUCAGGGCAGUGAAAAGUCUUGUUGUCCCAAGUGAACUAAAAUGCUUACGGAGCCUUCUUCCUUCCUGGCUCUAUUGCUUAUUUUGUUAGCACUGAGCCCCUGUGAGAGUCAGGCGUAGAAUUUUGGUUGCCCCCGGUCUUCCCUUACACUGAAACAGACCCUUGAAAUGUCUCUAGUGGCCAAAUACUUGUAUGGUUCUGUUUGCCAAGGGGUUUUAGACUGUCUUUAUCUGAUAGUUGAGAAACCAAAUGUAAUACAGAACGAGAUGUAUUUUAGAGCAAUUUCAUCAUGUUAUAUUAUCUUCUGCUGUGGAUGCAUGCACAACUAUGGAAGAUGACAGAUGGUGAUCAGGAAAGUGAGGGAUUCUGCAAUGGGAUUAAGCAUUAAAAUGGAUUUUUACAUGAGUAAAAAUCAGAUGAAGGGAAUUAUUUAUGUAUGUGUGUGUGUGUACCAAAAUUCAGCAAAUUUGAGGAAGCCUGCAUUGUAAUAAAGUUUAUUUUUAAUAUGUCAUAGUAUUUUGAUCUAUAUUAUGUUGUCUAUGGUACUGAAGGAUGAGAUUAAUACUAAAUGUGUAAUAAGCUGCCUUGGUUCAUAAUUUUAAGUUUGAUGGUGCUUAUCAGUCAGCCUCUUCAUUUUAAUGCUGAGGUUGACAUGAGUGAAACAGGUUUAAGGAGAUUCACUGAACUCUACCUAUGGUAAGAGUCAUGCUAAAGAGUGAUAAUGGGCUUAAAGUAAUGAAUCAAUCCACUUUUAGUUAUGAGACCAAAUGUGGUAGUAGGAGAUAGUUAUGUUUGAUCCCCACACAGUCAACAUUUCUUUUCAGAAUUUUAUUCAACAUGAAAUUGGUCCUGACGUAAAAGAAGUGCAGUUGGGCAAGGGAUUUUAGAGAUCUAGGAAGCUCAUCUAAACUGAGGAAAUACUAACGGUGUGGUAGAAGUACAAAGGAAAACAGAAACACGGUGACUACUCCAGUGAACCAAUGUGUUCUGUUUGAUGGCAUUUCUUUUCUCCACCGUAGUAGUGAUUCAUUUCUGAUACAUGCCAACACACAAUCAUGCACAAACAUUAACAGAAGAAGGUUCAAAUCAUCAGCCGACUUUUUAUAUUCCUCAGCAAAAGUGGAUUUCUGGAAUCCUCAGACAGCAAGCCUGGAGUGUGAGUGAGUGAGGGAGGGGAUUAUUUUUCUCUCAGAAGAAGCACCCGUCUUCCGCUUCAGUCAUAUCAUCCCAAUAGACUGGAAUGUUGUAUGCACCUGUGAGACUCUGUGUCAUUCCUCAGAGAAUGCAGAAGAGACCAGUAAUCUCCCCAUUUUGAAAGUGUUCUUUGUUAUAGAGAAAAAAGAUGACAAAACUGUACAAAAAUAUGUUGUUUUUCCAAUGAUGAGAAACUCCUCUAUUUAUAUCAGUUAUUCUUGGUCUUAUUCCAUGCCUAUAACGUUGGCAUUUCUUUCACUUUAAUGGCAGUUUGUAAGGAAAUACAAAAAGUUAGUUUUUGACAGGUCCACAGAGCCAUUUUUCCUUGUAGGGCCAAAUCCUGUUAUAUGUUCAACACCCCUAAGAGAUGGGCCCAUUGUUUAAAAAAAUCUGCUCAGUAUUAAUUAUAUUUUCUGAAUUUGGUUACUGUCUCCAGGGUGACAUAUUUAUAUCUGGUUAAAUUUAGAGUCACGUAUUUUGAAGAUCUCCAAUAUGCAGCCUCGUGAGGAGAAAGGAGAACAUGAUUUUCAAUGUAACUAUUACUAAAGGUGCUGUAUCCCAGGAAAUGAGUAAAUCACUCCCUCUCCCCCCACUUUUUAAAGAAAAACCUAUAAAACCAGGGAGUAUCCAAAAGUCACAUACAAUUUUUUUAAUUUUUUCCCAUUAAAAAUAGAUAAAUAAAAGCUUCCAUUUAAGAAAAAUCAAUGUGGUUUUAAAAACAGAUGAACUCCUAUCAAGAAAACAUGUUUCACAUAAAUGCAACAGAGGUUCUUUAAAACAAACUUUGCUAUGUGCAUAUUUUAGGCCAAAGAACCUCUGUGAGUCAUUAAGUUAUUAAUCUUAUUUAUAAGGGCAUCAUUGUGCUGGUAUCUCAGACUGUCCCUUGAAAAACUGUACUAUGAUUUUUU